CAAAACCCAGUCACACGACAGCAGGAAGAAACUAUUUGCUAGAGUAGAAGUAACUGCUAAGCAAAGCAAGGCCUCACCGGCUCACCGCCAUCCCACUGCCGCCGGUCCUCCUCCACCACCAUGUCCAUAUGGCGCGCAGCCGCCUCCCGCCUCCUCCUCACCCGCCGCUGGCCUUCCCCGUCCCCGUCCCCGUCCACUCCCUCCGCCGCCACCGCCACUGCCGCUCUCCUCCUCCACGCGCGCCGCUUCUCCCCGCCGCCGCCGCCGCCUCUGCCGCGGCCGGCGCAGGCGGAGCCCGAGCCGGCGGAGGUGACGCCGGCCGAGGCGCGGCGCCUGGUGCGCCUCGUCGGCGUCGAGGCGCUGAAGCGGCGCCUGCGGGACGGCCGGGACGAGGUGGUCGGGUACGGCCAGCUCCUCGACGCCUGCGUCGAGGCCGGCGCCGCGCGCACGCACGCCGAGGCCGAGGAGCUCGCGCGGGCCUUGGACCACGCCGGCGUCGUCCUGCUCUUCCGCGACAAGGCCUACCUCCACCCCGAGAAGGUGGUGGACUUGGUUAGAAGGGCUGUGCCACUUGCGCUAGCACCCGAGAAUGACCCAAGAAAAGAAGAGUUCGAGCAGCUCCAGGCAAAGAAGGAAGAGAUCGACAAGCUGGUGCACAAGCAAGUGCGGCGCAUCCUGUGGUCUGGCUUAGGGUUCUUCAUGUGCCAAGUCGGGCUCUUCUUCCGCCUCACGUUCUGGGAGUUCUCGUGGGACGUGAUGGAGCCGAUCGCCUUCUUCACCACCGCGUCUGGCCUGCUCGUCGGCUACGCCUAUUUCCUCAUCACCUCAAGAGAUCCGACGUAUCAGGACUUCAUGGAGAGGCUGUUCUUGUCAAGGCAGAAGAAGCUUUGUGCAGCGAAGAAGUUUGAUAUGGAGAGGUACCUGGAGUUGCAGAAGCACUGUAGGUGUCCCCUGGAAGGCCAUCGCCCUCAUGGUCCUAAGCUUCAUGACUUGUAACACCGCAGGAGCUAAACUUUCUCAUCUGUUACCUGCUGCAUUACAGUGCACCCUCUAGGUUGCAGGAUACUAGGAUAGCCACUACUUAUUUACAUGCCCUGCAGUUGAGACUAUCGUUCCAGGCAGAAAUGUGAUCCUGACAGACACGGAUCAUAUAGGAGUUACCUUUUGGCUGCAUAUCAAAAGGCGAACUGAAUGUUCGAACCUUGCUAAUAUAACCUAUGUGUGUUUUGACA